CGGGUGAGUUCAUAAUUUUGAUAAGAAAUAAAUAUGCUCAAUUAAUAUGAGCCUCUAGAAUAACCAGGGGUUGCAUUGAGCAUGCCUGAAUAUCCUACUUCAUCUGAAAUCCACGAGGUCAUUUCAAAGGAAAAGUAGUCUCAUUUGUCUGAUAUAUUACUACUUCUCAUAAUUAUUUUUUAUUUGAUAGUAGUGAUUGCAUUUUUUAUAGCAUUGGGAACCUCGCAGCAUUUCAGACAGUUCCUGUUUGAUUUUUUUAGUGACAACUAUGAGAAUGAUGUUUAUGGGUUGCUAUAUAUCGGUGCUUUUGAGUUAGUCCUGAUAAUAACAGGUUUUGACAUAUUUUUGAUGGACAUUUUGUUUGGAUUUUUCAUUCGACCAUAUUUAACAGCCUUGACUUUGCUAUUUGCAACUAAAAUGGCUGGAAAAUUUUUGUGUUUUGCCCUUGUAAAAUACUGUUUUAAAGAAGAAAUUUAUUAAGCAUUUAAAGGAAAUAUUUUUUUCAAGACCUUCUAUGUUGCGGCUCAGAUAAAUCCAAUAAAGAUUUUAGCAAUUUUGCAAUUGAUAACACUCCCAACAGCAUUUAAGACUUAUGUGGUUGGAGUGUUUGCUGUGAGUACACCUUAAUACUUGGUGGUGACAUCAAUAAGUAAUUUCAUGUGGACUGGAUUUUGGGUUCAUGUCGGAGUUUAGGCAAAGAAUGUAAAGACCUUUAUAGAGACGGGAAAGUCAUCUGACAUAAUGCCUUUGUAGGUAUAGAUGAUCAUUUUCUUUGGGGGAAUCUGUGCGUUAGGAUAUUUGUUAAAACUUACUAAUUAAGUUUACUAAAGUAUUGUGCAAGAAGUUCAAGGAUUGGAGAAGGAUAGAAAGUGA